GGUGACUGUGGCUUUCGCUGCCCUCUGUGUGGAAAUGCAGUUCAGCAAAAGCUGCUGGAACUCCAGGUUGGUGGAGAAAAUCACUUCAUGCUAAACCCCUGGCCAUCUGCUCACUUUCUAAUUACAAGCACUGUGGGUGUGACUUGUGGCUGUGCCCUUGGGGUGGGGGCACAGGAGCAGCCCCUCGUGCCUGUGCCAUAGGCCGGCCAGCGCUCCGGGGCCUGGAGGCGAUGGGCAAGCCGAGAGGCUGUGUUCUCCGAUGAGUUGCAGGGCGGGGAGGAGGGCGAUGCGUGCGCUAUGGGGCCGAGCCUCCUCUUCCUCGCCUUGCUGGCUGCGCUGGUCUCCUGCGAGGAGCUGGAAGGAGUCCUGGAUACCUACUGGUCUGGCACAGCGCCCAUCUGCCUGGGGGGCUGCAAGGGGAAGCACAAGGAGCUGAAGAGGAGCCAGUGCGGGAACGGCAGCUGCUGCUGGCUGGGCUACAAGUCCUUCUGCCGAGUGAACUGCGGGCGGCCCGAGGCGGACUUCAACUCCGUGGUGUACGGCAACGACUGGUGGGUCGGCUCGGUGGUGCGCUACAGCUGCCGGCCCGGCUUCCUGCUCCUGGGGGACCCGGCCAGCGCCUGCCAGUCCGACGGCCGCUGGACCCCUAAGCCCACCUGCCUCCGUGAGUACUGCUGGGGCCGCCGCGCCCGCGGGGGUCCCGGGGAGGCGUCCGCGGCCCCUUCGGGCGCGCGGGAGGGUUGCGGGCACAUCCGCAGCGGCUUUGCCCCCGGCGCGCCGCGGGGAGGGUGGCCACGGUCCGCGCUCAGCCCCGCGCCCGCAGGGAUCUGCCUGCGGGGCCGGAUCGAGAUCAACGAGCGGGACAUUACCGGGAGGUGCUCCUCGUCCUGCGGCGCCCAGGCUCACCUGGGAGCUUCCCUCAACCGCGGCUGCAUCAAGAUCUCGGCCUGCGUCACCAAGCAGUCGGGCUGGGCCCGCUGGUUCCAGCGCUGCGACGUCUGCGAGUGCGACUGCCACGUCCCGUGCGCCUCCUCUGGGUAGAGCCGAGCUGGCUGGAGCUGCAGGAUCCGACUCCGCUCCAAGAGCGACUCCUGCCUCGGACGGGCACUGCCGCCCCUUAGCCGGUCUCCAUCGCUGGGCUCCUUCCGCAGCUCCGUCCACCGUGAGGCUGCCAGCGGGGAGGAGAGGAGAGGGGCGCCAAGCCUCAGCCCUCCCGCGGGGCCGCCCUCCCUCCUGGCCCCUUCCGCACGGUCCCUCCAGCGCCAGGGGCUGCUCAGCGAGCAGCGGCAGCUCCUGUCGCCUCCUGCGGCUGGGCAUCUCGGCUUCCCCAGCUGGGUGCUCGAGCGUGCUCAGCCCCCUUCCAGGGGCAGGCAGCGCGUCUGCCUGUGCCCCGGGUUGCAGGAUUGUGCAUCGUGCCCGUCCAGCGGGCUGCGACUUCUCCCUGCUGGGUGUUUCCUGCAGCUGGGGCCGCGCUUGCUGCAGCCGGGAUGGCAGAACCGGCGGGCGAGAGCCGAGGUGUGCGGGCUGUGCCCGUGGCCGCUGCGCACGCAGCGGGCCGUCCGCCGCCUGUGCAGUGCAGAACGGGCCGCCGGGCCGGGGUAAACGUGUGUCUGCACCAGGCAGC